UCAGAGGAGGCGCGGGGAGAGUAGGGUGCUGUGGUCGGAGCUGGAGGGCGAGGCCGGUGGAGUGAGAGGAUGGGCGGUGGUAGACUAGAGAACAAGACUUCUGUCUCCGUAGCAUCCUGGAGCAGUCUGAAUGCCAGAAUGGAUAACCGUUUUGCUACGGCAUUUGUGAUUGCUUGUGUGCUUAGCCUCAUUUCUACCAUCUACAUGGCGGCCUCGAUAGGCACAGACUUCUGGUAUGAAUAUCGAAGUCCUGGUCACGAAAAUGCAAGUGAUUCAAAUAAAAUGGCCUGGGACGACUUCUUUGGUGAGGAGGCCGAUGAAAAGACCUAUAAUGAUGCACUGUUCCGGUACAGUGGGACAAUAGGACUGUGGAGACGAUGCAUUACCAUCCCCCAAAACACACAUUGGUAUGCUCCACCAGAAAGGACAGAGUCAUUUGAUGUGGUGACAAAAUGCACGAGUUUCACACUAAAUGAACAGUUCAUGGAGAAAUAUGUUGAUCCAGGAAACCACAACAGCGGGAUUGAUCUGCUUCGGACCUAUCUUUGGCGUUGCCAGUUCCUUUUGCCGUUUGUUAGCUUGGGUUUGAUGUGUGUCGGGGCUUUAAUUGGACUUUGUGCCUGUAUCUGCCGCAGCCUGUAUCCCACCAUCGCCACGGGCAUCCUCCAUCUCCUUGCAGGUCUGUGUACAUUGGGCGCUGUGAGUUGUUACGUUGCUGGCAUUGAACUACUACACCAGAAACUAGCGCUGCCCGAGAGCGUACAUAGAGAAUUUGGAUGGUCCUUCUAUCUGGCCUGCGUCUCAGCUCCCCUUCAGUUCAUGGCGUCUGCCCUCUUCAUCUGGGCUGCCCAUACCAAUCGGAAGGAGUACACCUUAAUGAAGGCCUAUCGCGUGGCAUGAAUGGGGAACUGCCUGCUUGACUGACAAUUGCUGUUUUUAAUAUUUUUUUUACUAUUGAGGUUUUCCCUUGUCUUUCUCUCAAUUGUCCUUGAUUUUUAUUUUUGUGGAUAUGCUAUUUUAUCCUAAAGGUCCCUUUUAUUUAUAUACAGUGCCACUAAAUACACGCUAAAUCCCACUUAAAAUGUAUGUGGUUUACUUUGAGUGAUUUGGUGUUUUUACCAAACUGAUCUAGGUUUAGAAUCCAGACAGAAAGAACUUUAUGGAUGUGACCUGAAUUUGUAAAAGAAUAUUGGCAGUGUAAAGUUGACCCAGAACAGGGUCUGCUAGUGUCUGCUAAAUCCAGUAGUAUAGUAACUAUGUGUUGAAUUAGAAACUAACUUCUGUAUGAUAUCUGUUAUCACUGUCAGAACUCCAUGUUUACUUUCCUGUUGUUGAUACCAGUCAGCUAGCGGAACCAGUGUUCCUAAAGAUGUGUGCACAUAAAAUUGAAAAAUUAUUUAGCAUUCUUGUCCCUAGACUUUGGUACAUUGCUUCAUCUGAGGUAAAAUAUGGCAGCUGUUUAUACUGUGAUUGUCUACAAGAAAAGAAAAGUGAGAAAUGAUGUUUACUUGAA